UGUGCCGCUACAGUUGGUGUCAGCGCAACAUUCACCUAAACCCUCGUUUCUGGCGGAGAAGACCGAUAGCACAGCUUCAUAGUUCUCAGCAUCUCUGUCCAAGGGAGACACCAGUAUCACUACAGAACAAGAGCGCCAGCCGAGACCUUAGACAAGGCGUGCGGAUUUUCUUGUUUUGUUAAAUAAGGCUUUUCUCUGGAUUCCUCUUUUUAAAUUUAUUUUGGUUUUUUAAAACGCAUUCUUUUAUGUGGUUAUUGCUGUGUCACCUUGAUGCGUAGCAGAUCAAAGGAUAUACAGAAACAGCCAUUACUGCGGCUCUUGGUUUCUCACAUCAUCGUGGAGAAAAUUAUACAAUAUUGAAAUAAAAGAAUAUUGGAUCAACGAAGGAGCUCAUUUAUUCCUUGUCCACCCAGACCCCAUUGCUCAUUAGGCUGAUCACUAAUUCAGGUUUUGAUGCUGAACAAACAUUAAGCCUGGUGUUUGGGUCUCCAGUUUUGGAAGUAGUGAGGCAAGACCCUCCAGAACCAGGUCUAGUUUGUGGUGAUCUCCUGACCUAGAGACCCUGCCCACCCUCCACUGGCACCAUGGGAACCGUCCUGUCACUCUCUCCCAGCUACCGGAAGGCUGCCCUCUUUGAGGAUGGCCCAGCUACGGUGGGCCACUACACAGCCGUUCAAAACAGUAAGAACGCCAAAGACAAGAACUUGAAGCGCCACUCACUCAUCAAUGUGUUACCAUGGAAGCGGAUAGUAGCUGUUUCAGCCAAGAAAAAGGGUUCAAAGAAGGUGCAGCCAAACACCACCUACCAGAACAAUGUCACCCACCUGAACAACGAGAACCUGAAGAAAUCACAGUCCUGUGCCAACCUAUCGACAUUCACCCAGGACCAGUCAAGUCCAUCCAAUCAAGGCUCCAAAAGCUCAAACAAUGUGGCCUCUUCAGUCAAGAAAGCACCUCUGUCCAGCUCCAACGUGGCACCUGGCACACCCAAGAGAGUAAUUGUUCAGGCUUCAACUAGUGAAUUGCUACGCUGCCUGGGUGAAUUCCUGUGCCGGAGGUGCUACCGCCUCAAGCACCUUUCUCCUACUGAUCCAGUGCUUUGGCUCCGCAGUGUGGACCGCUCCCUGCUGCUGCAAGGUUGGCAGGACCAAGGCUUCAUCACUCCAGCUAAUGUCGUCUUUGUUUACAUGCUCUGUCGGGACGUGGUCUCCUCAGAAGUGGCAUCGGAACACGAGCUGCAGGCGGUGCUGCUCACCUGCCUCUACUUGUCCUACUCCUACAUGGGAAAUGAGAUCUCCUAUCCCCUUAAGCCAUUUUUGGUGGAAAGCUCCAAGGAGACCUUCUGGGACCGCUGCCUGUCCAUAAUCAACCUGAUGAGCGCCAAGAUGCUGCAGAUCAACUCAGACCCACACUUCUUCACCCAGGUGUUUGCAGACCUCAAGAACGAGAGCCAGAAAGAAGAGGAGAGGAGCCGUUUACUCAUUGGGCUGGACCGGUGAGGAGAAGGCAAGAGAGUGCUUGGAGUGAGGCUGAACCCUAGUCUGGAAUUUUUUAGUAGGUUCCCCAAAAACUAAAAUAAUACAUCUGAAUUGGCAAAUGAUACUGUAGACUUAAGUCUUGAUAUUAUGAGAACAUGUUCAGUAAGUCAAAAUGAACCCUUUUGUUUAAGACUUUGAAUGGUGAUCUGAGUAGUGUUGAACAUAUUCAACAAUUACUGAAAAAUAUUUUUAAUUGGAUUUUAAAGCUCUUCAUAAUUUGGGUAUGGUAAAGAGGUAGGCUUUGCUUAGACCCAAAACAGAAAUGCCAGAUGUGGGUUCAAGCAAAUAGUCACAUAUGGUUAAUAUUCAAAAUCACCACCAUCACCCCCUGCUUCCAACAACAAAAUAUGAAGAUAAACAACAGAAAAUAAUACAAAAGCGAAAAGACCUGAAGGAAUAAAAGACCGAUUUGCAGCAUCGAAUGUGUCGAGACCCUAUGCUGCGGCUAGCUAGCCACUGACUACUGGAGAUGUGCACUGCCUUGUGGGUAAAGGCCUCAGCCAGACUGGCCCGCUGCUGACAGUAAGCACUGAGACUUUGAUUAAGACGCAGAGGACAUCCAGCUGGAUGCUCACUGAAUGACAUGCACUUUUGCUGCAGUAGCGGUGUGCCUAAACACAUCUGUGUUCACUAGGAAAAAGAGUGGCGCUCCAGUGAUAUAUUUUAUGUGUGUCUGUAGACGCAGUUCCUGGGUUCCACAAUAAGGUGAUUUUUGAAAAUGCAUCAGCAUUGCACAGCAGGGUUGGAUAGACAAUGUGAGAUUUGGCAUGCUGAUAUGAAAGACCUAAUUUAUUUUCAUCUAUGAAUAGAAUUAAGUGGAUGUUCUACUCUCCUAAGGUGUGCACAUCUGGGGCUUUUUCCAUUGAUUUACUAGUUACACUUAAUUUUUUUUAUUCAAAAAUAUGAAGGAAUGCAUGUAUGCCAUACAAUUUGUAUGGUGUCUUGAAAGCAUAAAAUUAUUUCUUUAAAUUCAAUUUGUAGAAACAACCACAUCUGCAUUUAGGGAAUGCAAAUAUAGUUUAUUUAGUUAUGCUUGCUACAAUGAGCCAUGAUCUUACAAGGUAUCUUAUGUUGUUUUGUCUUAAGUGUGUCACUGUCUAGUUUGAGAAAGAAUUCAUUUAGUGAAAAAGCUCUGUAAAUUUUAUAGAAACAGUGCCAUACCUAUGAUGAAAGUCAUGUAGGUCUAAAGGACACACCAAAGGAGGGCAUUUUUUAAUGGUUCCUUAAUAUUAAGAAUAUCUAUGAAUUCUUAAUUUAUUGCUGUUUAUUUAUUCUCUUAGGACAUCCUUUGUAUUUAAAAAUUAGUAAUGUAUUGUACAAAUCGCUGGUACAAUUGCUACUUCCACAUGUAGCAUUUAGAUGUAGGCUAUUUGUGACCUUGAUACCUUUGGUGGAAAUGAAGAUUAUGGUUGAUGCAAACAUGCAUUUGAAUGAUUUAGCUAAGGAUAUUAUGUCUGAGAGCUUAGUUCAAAACCAGUCAAAUCUGAGCAUCACCAGGUAACACAAUUUUCCAGUAGGUUUCAGCCCAGAUAUCUGAGACCAUUCUUUCUCUAACCUGCAACACAGGUGCAGGAGUAUUAUCUGUUGGAAUGUUUCAUGUAUCAAAAGCAGAAAAACAAUCAUUAACAUUAUUUCUCUUUUAAGUCAUUUAUUGUCACCAUGGAAAGUGAUAGCCUUUAACACCAUGCUGACUCUUACAGGAACAAAGUUCCCUGCAGUGGACUGGAUAUGAUGGGGUCAGGGGCCUGUUUGACCUCUGCUGAUCUCAGCAAGAUUUUAGUUGGACUAGCCAGCUGAUAUGUGUAGGUUUAGGAACAUAAAGUCACUGAAUGAAACAGUUAUCCUAGUUGGUGGGCAUGAUGCCUUUGUUUUUUUUUCUAAAUUGGGAUAACUGCGAUUGUGAUGUCAGAUUUUGUGUAAAAAAGAAAAUGGUGAAAAGGAUCAGCUCAUUGUAACCUUGGUACAUGUAAUUAAUUUGUGACAGAAAACUGAAUCCUCAUUUCAUGAGAAGUUAAAAAAAUGUCAUCCUCUAAAUGCCCACUUUCUAAUCACUAAGUACGCAUGCUUUCUUUCAGUAGUAGUGGAUCUCAGAUUUCUUUACAGAGCUACAAAAACUGAUAAUCAUAUAAGCAGACACCAUUUAUCCCUGUAUAGUACUUAUGAAACGAGAGCUGCCCCUAAAAGCUGGACAGCGUACAUGUACGAAAUGGGAUGACUUUGGAGUGCUUUCACUGCUGUGGUGCUGUGCGCAACAGAAGACAGGAGAGGCAGCAAUGUUCUCAUUAACGUGCAGUGAGGGGGUUCAGAUAAGGCUGCUGAUUAGCACCGUAGGGACUUGCAAUUUUUUUUUCCUGGACACAGUUCAGAGGAGGCUGAAGGGGCUUUCAGGUUCCAGGGACAGAUCCAGGGGAGUCCUGCUCACUGCCUGUGGGCCAUCGCUUGCCACCAUGCACAACAAUGUGCCAAUUUUUUUUUCUACUCGCACCACUGACUAGUCAUUCAAAAAAGAGGGAAAAGCUUUUACAACUAAAAAAAAAAAAAAAAAAAAAAAAAAAAAAAAGGAAGG